AUGUCCUGCAAGUUUGGUCCAGAUCGGACGGUCGGAUUGCUCACGAUCGCACAAUCGGACGGACCAUCCAACGGUCCAAACCUAGCGAACCCGGAAAAUACGCGAUAUGCGAUAUCCUUUCGGACUCUAACGGUACCCAAAAUGAGAUCCGAGCACACCCACGCGCUCGUGACAUCGAGAGGAUCACAGUGGGACAAAAAUGCCCCUCAACUACAGUGCCCACGCGCCGCCACACGCGCCGGCAACGCGUGGGUGUUCAAAGCGAUAAUCCAUCGCCGGAAAAACAACAAAUCACGGCUCAAGACUCCUACCCUAGGUAAAACACCCUAUUUGGAGUCACUUUUGUUCUUGGGCAUACCCCAAAAACUGACCGGAAGUGGCCGGAAUCUCCCCUCGAAAUCCGGCCGAAAUCCAAUUCGAAAAUCAGACAUCCUACGCUCAAAAUCGAUGCAAUCCUACCCAACCAUCAGCUAG